GCUACUCGAAAAGCACGUUAAACUGCUCUUCAUAUACUCUCCGGACGAACGCGUCUGGUUGUGCGUCUCUUUCGGUGGCAUUGUACUUUAAAUAAACAAUAUUAUCAAUAAGCAAUAGGAAAUAAGUGCAUUUAGAAAAAUGCAAGGAACAAUUAUAGAAAACUUAAGCGGCAGGAAGCUCUCGGUACUCGUGAUAUUACUUAUUAUCGCACAAAUAGUUUGUUUUCUAAUAGGCGGGCUCAUCGCACCUACUCCAGCUGGUAGCCAAAAUAUACUUGGUACUCCUUGCAAGGAUAUCCGUAUUAAUGGUUCGGAGCCAGGAGAUGGAAAAUGGUUUUAUUCAAGGGGAAAAGGGGCUUGUACUGCUGUUGACAUGAACCGGUUUAGCUUUGACAGUCAUCACCAGGCAUAUCAAGUUGUUUAUACAUUUCAGAUGCCUGUCCCUAGAAACAAAAUGCAGCUUGAUUAUUCUAGAUGGCAACAAAAUUUAAUAGGUGUCUUACAAGUUGACAUUGUCUAUCACAGCCAGAUUGAAAUUGCUCCCAGGACUAAAAUUACAUUGGAUGCAAGACUUGCUUAUAGAAACAAGGGAGAUUCAGAUGAUGCUUGGAAACCAUAUGCUGCCUCUGUAGUGGAAAGGAUGUUAGAUUGCAGCAUCAACGAUGAAAUGGAACAAUAUAAUUAUAACUGCAGUACGAUACCAUUGUUUGAACUUGGGUCUUUAUUUCACGAUUAUUACCUUUUAAAUAUUCGUCUACCCGCUGAUACUGACAGAAAUAUU